AUGGAUUCAAUUAGUCGGUCAGCAGAAAUCCGCGAGCCUUCAAAAAGCAGCGUGAAGACUGCAAUCCAUCACGCAAACCGCCUUUUUUCAUUUUCUGUUUCUAAACCUAUGCUCAAGCAGCGCCAAGCAACCGAAAGCUGGAAGGGAAAAAGGCAAGCAUUGCAAACGGCUGCUUUCCUUCUCCUCUGACUUCAUCAUAAUAGAGUAGCGCUGAAAACCUGCUCGGGAUUUCUAGCAAAAGCCCUAACCGGGGCGGUUAAUCAAGGGUUAACAGGGAAGCCCCCGCAAUGCAUGACGGGAGUUGUAGUCGCCGGCGGUUCCGAAGGGCGCAAACCAAUCGCUCGCUCUUCCUCUUUCCCUGCUUGUAAUGGCCGCUUCCAGGAAGGUAAGGCGGGUUUGGCUCCCGUGCUACUCAAAAGGGAUCGGUGGGCAGACGGGGCGCCGGAGGAUCCGGUGCAGCCGCUCUGGGGUUCCAAGUUGCCCGAAUGCUUUUCAAAUCGCCCUUUUCCCCGUUUGGAGCAAAAACUUGACAGGUUGAGCCCCCAAGUUACUCCCAGUUGCAGCUUAAGUUUCUUUUCUGGCCAUGUCGUGUGUCGCUGCGCGUGACUCCCAAGCACGGAGCUUUUCCCUCCUGGCCUCGGGUGGUUUCAGGAUGAUUUGAUUUGCCUGAUUUAUGUGUUUUCUCCCUUAUUCUUUUUUAGUAGUAGGCGUUGUCCAGGACGGCUGUCAGCUUCCUAAGAUCCCAGCGCCAACCACUCCAGGGAAUACCCUAAAUACACAGGCUGUUACCCGCCGGUAAGGUACUGCUGGUUGUGUUCGUGGGACUGCCGUGUUAUCCAAGGAUAUAGCUUGCUCUCUUCCUACAGGGGUAGUUAGCCAUGUUGGUUUGCUGUAGCAACAGAAACUGCAGAGUCCACAGUUAGGGCAUAAACUUUCAUGGGCUGGAAUCCCCUUCAACCAAUGCUUCCUUAAAUAUUAGGCAUUGCUUACUUUUAAGAGAAGUAUCGCAUUCCUUGUUGAUUUGAGAAGGGGGGGGAUCGCAGUGUUCAAUCCUCACCUUGUCUGCUUACAAGUAAGCCCUGUUGAACUCAGUGGAUCUACUCAGAGCUGUCAACGUUUCCCUUUUUUUAAAGGGAAAUUCCCUUAUUCCGAAUAGGAUUCCUCGCAAGAAAAGGGAAAAGUUGACAGCUAUGGAUCUACUCCCAGGUAUGUGGGUUACAGAUUGUAGUCUUAGUCCGCCAUUUAGACCUUAGUGUUUGCGUUGUUGCUUGAAGAAAAUCCUCUGUUAUUGUAUCCUUAUAUAUACACCCGUCAAAAUGUUUUGCUGUUUUACUGUUUCAAUGUUUUACCCUUUUUCUGGGAAUCUGUAGGAAGAGGAUAGAGAGUUCUGUUCCUGCUGUAUUUUUGUGAAGCAUGUGAAUGAGGGAGCUUUUCCUGCUGUGGUAUAGGAAGUUGCCGUAUACAUUUGUUCCAUCUAAGUCAGCUGACUACUGGCAUCUCUCCAGGGUUUUGAGCAGCAAACCUUUCCUAACCAACCUGGUGUUGUUGGGGUUUAGACCUGAGCCCUACCACUGACCUCAACCCACUUGGGGUCUCUGGCAGGCACAGAGCCAAUGGGAUGCUCCACCCUUUCUCCUCCAGCUGGACACUUGCCUGCAUGUGUUUCUUGUAUUUUAUGGCUACCAGGCUAGUGUUUAAAUACAUGGCUGCUUAAUAUAAGACUUCCCUUAUUGUAAAGCUUAAAUUUGCUGUGUUUAAAUAAAGCAUUGUAUUAGUAAACUAACAGGGAAUGUCUAUUUUUAGAAACCAACAAACAUUUUGUUUUUUAAAUAGUGCAGUUUACGAGUUUGGACCUAUUGUGCCAAAAAUGGGGCAAAAUCAUGUUUUGAUCCACCAUCUUGGAUCAAAUUGGUGCCUGGCAUCCUAACAGCAACUAAGUUUGCCGCCCCCAUCUCGGAAACCCUGAAGCAGAGUUUGGCAAUGCUAUCUCAAGAGAGAGCCAAGCCUAUGCCAAAAAAUGGGUGCAGUCACAGAAAAGUCAUGUGUCAGCCAGCCAUCUGGAUUCAAAAUGGCAGCCAGCAACUAAACAUGGACAGAUAGCACGGCCCCCACCUCAGAAACGCCUCGUGCCAAGUUUAGCAAUGAUAUCUUGAGAGGUGUCCAAAUGUGUAGAGAACAGAUGGACAGACAAACCCCUUUUCAAAAUAUAUAGUAGAUGAGCUGUCAUUUUUAUUGUAGUACUUUAAAAAAAAAUAUUAAUGCAGUUUUCACUUCAGAUUAUUAAUCUGCAGUACCUGUUUCCUGUUUCACUCAGUCUGCUGUGGCCUCCACAUUACUCCAUCCAUCACCCCCCAAAACAGUUGUCAUGAAGAAAAUUGUCAAUAAAUGAAUUCUCAAUAAAUGCAUGUUCUUUCAUCAAAAUAGCUCAGUUGGUAGUACAUAAGAUUCUAACUCUCAGGGUCAUGGGUUCAAGCCCUGUGUUGAGCAAAAAGAUUCCUGCAUUGCAGGGGGUUGGACUAGAUCAUCCUUGUGGUCCCUUCCAACUCUACAAUUCUAGGAUUCUAGUGAGCUGGAAUUUCCAUAACACAUUAGCUAUUCAAAUAGUUGCUGUGCAAACCAAUACAUUUAGCAUAGUGGCACAAAUAAUUUGGAACACUGUAUUGAAAUCAGACAAAUGCCCUCCAUUGUGAUAUUUCACUACCUGCUGAAAACAUUUUUAUUUUGUCGGGUGUUCUUAAAAGAAUUAAUUUGAUUUGGUGUUGGUAAUGUGUUCUCUACUUUAUGUUCUUAGAAUUUUAAGUUGUUUAAUUAUUGUAUGCUGCCAUGAUUUUUUUGGGGGGGGGGGAGAUGACAGUUUAUAAGUAUUUUUAUCAAUAAUAAAUUAACUUUAAAUCCUAAGAUAAUAAGCAACCAAUAAAUAUCUCACUCUGUCAUCGUCUCCUUUCUCCCUGUUCUCUGCAUUGUUCAACUAAUUAUUCCCUCUGUUUCUGAUGCUCAGGCACAAGUGCCUGUUACGUAGGUAGCCAAAAUGGCAACUCUCAUGCACAAGAGGAAAGUAUCAGCAGACUUGACAAAGCCCUGAGAUUUUCUUACGUACAAAAAUUAUGGUGAAAAGCUCCUGAGAGGAGGGGCAACCCCAAACACAGCUCAGGGGAGACUGAGCAUGCUCAGUGGUCAGAGAAUACAAAAUAACUGUGGGGAGGUGAACAGCAAGCCAUGCAUGAGGGGAGGGUGGGAUGUAUUGGGCUGUUGAAGGACAUGGCUGACUGGAAUAGUGAAAACGCCACACUGAAACAUUUUGUUGCCGGUCCCACCUGUCUCUUUCUGAGGCUUGGAAGGUUCCUGCCAAUCAUAAGCAACGCCUCACAAAGUGGGUGGGAGCAGGAGUACUACUUUUUUUUAGCAAUACUCAAAAGUCAUGCCAGUUGUGAAGUUGACAAACUUUCCCUCUCUUUCCCACCCCUCUUGUGUUUAGCCCUUCACUCAGGUUCAUCGGAUCAACAAUGAUUGGGAACAUGGGCGCUACCAGGAAUGCUUCCCAUCUCUUCUUGGUGCUUUUAUCACUCCUGAUCGGGCUGCCUGUUGUGGCAGCUAUGGAUACGGGCGAUGCAUUAGCCCUACUCCUGGUUAUGUUUCUUAGUUGCAUUGGAUUAUGUGCCUGCCUGGGCUUAUAUGCGAGGAAACGCAACGGAGAGCUAUGACUGAAGAAAAAGAUGUCCCGGUCAAGCAUAGCUACCUUGUUUGAUGAGUUUCUGGCUGUUUCCAAUACUGGAGUGCGACUCAUCAAAUCCUUAUUGCCAUGUGGUGUUCAGGAACAAGGACUGUGUCUGACUGGAAGAUUUUGGAGAAUUGCACCCCACGCUCAUAGGAAGACAAAUAUUUAAUAUUUCCUGGGAUUAAGAUGCUGCCUUAAAAGGGGGGAGUCUUGUUUUGAUUGAAUAGGGGAAAUUAUCAUUUCUGAAUGUGAAUUUAUAUUAACUGAGGUGCAGUGGAGAAUUUGUGGUGGGGAGGAGAGGCAGUCUGGAUGGAGAUUAGUGUAAAGAAACACCAGACUAUACAGCAUUGGAGAAUAAAUAAAGACGCAGAACUAGUUCAUUUAGAAACUACUUUGAUUAGCUUCCUGUGAUUAAAUGUGUAUCUCUUUUAACUUUCCCCAAAUUAAUAUAUAUAUAUAUAUAUGUUUGUUUGUGGUUAGGUCAAGCUACUGUGUACCUUCCUAGUUUUGUUAUGUAUUCAUUUUGGGACCGUCCUGGUAUAGGUAAUUUUGCAGAUUUGGGUUGUUUUCGGGUACAAUCUAUUGGGAGCAUAUGUUACGCAAGCUUUGUUGAAGCACAAUUAUGGGUUUUUUUCUGGUAUGCUUCCUUUUCUUAAUUUCAGUAGAACUUGCAUGAAAGUUUCUGAUAGAUUAGGCUCUCAAUUGUUCAAUCAAAAUAUUUCCAGGGGAGGAUGUUUGAAUGACCAAAUAUAUUUUCUAUAUAUCCUUUUUUAUUACGAUGUUUUAUUGUUUGCAGUGUCAUGUUCAGUAUUUUAAAGAUACUCACUGUGGUGGAAGCUUUCAGUAUUUUAAAGGUGUUUAACAAGGUUAAGGGUCACUGAUAACUCAACCAGAUGAUUAUCCUGGGUCUUCAGGUGUAACUAAAUCAAUAAACUCCACAAGUUGUAUGGUUUAAAUGGCAGCAUGCAAGCUUUCUUAGUUUGUGUGCUUAAUUCUUCAGGGCUUGAGGAGAAAGUCUGUCUAAAUUUAGUCAAGAUCCUAACUGAAUCCAGUGCUUAAAAAAGAAAGAAACCAACAAAUAGGGAUAGUGGGCUAGCCAUGCUUAGCUAGAUCUUGUAAGGCAGUUGUUGCUUUGUGUUACGCAACUGGAAGAGUCUGAACAUGGCAUAAUAUAAUUAAGUCAGGAAUAAGCAUGGGUAGGCAACCACUGACCCUCCCAAUGUUGAGCCACAUUUUCUGUCAUCCUUGUCCAUGCUGGCUAGGGUUCCAACAAAAUCUGGAGCUCUGCAGGUUCCUUGAACCUUUUCCAGUUGAAGGACCUUCAGUCUUUGGUCCCAAGAGCCCAGUAGGUAUGUUUGCUGUGAGAUUGUAUGAAGCUUUGCUCUUUUGCAGAGGCAAGAUCUAGUCACAGUAAUGUCAACCUAAGGAGGCAGGACAGAAUAGGAACAACAGAUUUACAGGUUGGCAGUCUUGGUGAGCGACUCCAGAACUUGUAGGAGGCCACUAGAAAUGGGUUACAGAAGACUGAAACCACAGAGGCAGGGUGCACCUCUGCUUUCCUCUGCCAUUACAAGCAGCUGUGUUUGGUAGCACCGUGUUUGACCCUUUGGAGUUGUUGCAAGUCUGACUUGCAGAGAAGAAUCAGCCGUAGCAUUUAAACAAAGAGCCUCUGAGCUGCGUUCUGGUAUCUUUGUGGUAACGUUUCAAGAUGUUGAUGAGAGAAGGUUGAGUGGGUUAUGAAGCUUUGUCUGUUACUGAUCUUGCAGUCUGCCUUUCUUUUGUAUUGGGUCUCAUGCAGGCCUGAUGUACAUAGGGUAAACAUAAACAUCCAUCAAGGGCAAACCUUCCUGCUGCAGCUAUUGGCCAGCUGGUUUUCAUUUACUGCAUAUUUUUCUAGUUUCAAAGUCACUAGAAUACGCUUUCUAAGGUCCUUGCUCUAGCUUUCUCUCCCAGUAAAUUGUCUCAAGGCAAAAAAGUGGCGUAGCAUCUAGCAAGCAUCACCAAGAGGUAUGGUACAAGGAGUCUUCCUAAAACUUCACUCCCCACUUUUGAAAUCAACUCUAUUAGCAUGCAUUCAAGAAAUUCUGAAAUGUAUCUGUUUGUGUCCCUCCACUCAUGAAAGACUCUUUAAUCCACUUGAGGAGCUUUUCCCAAAUUUGGGUCUCCAGCUGUUUUCGAGCUAAGAUUCCCAUCAUCCCUGACCACUGGUCUUGCCAGCUAGGGAUGAUGGGAGUUGUAGUCCAAAAACAAAUUUGUGAAACCCUGCGUUGGAGGCUUUAGUGAAUAGAAGUGAGAGUUGAUGCUCACUUACUCUCUUCCCCCGAUAGCCCCUACUGUAAAUUUGCUUCAGGGGGUGGGAGCCCUUUGGAAUAGUGUGGGAAGGGGUACAGGGGGCUGCAGAAGAAAGAGAAAAUUCGUAAAAGCCGUCUGCCUCCUUCCUUUCACUGAAAGAAUUUUGGGGAGCCAAGAACUUUCCAUGAGCAGAGGAACACAAUUUUAUACAAUCCAAAGGCUUUCCCAGCCGUGGUUCAAUACAGCUUAAAUGUUGUAGGUCACCGUAGAGAUUCACUUUGGUUGCUUCUCAGUGUGUUCCUUUAAUGUGAGAAUCACUGGGUAUGUGACUUCUGUAUGAUAACCCUUUCUAAAGGAAGCCAGAGGGCAGCUGUCUUUUUUUCAUCGCCUAGUAGGGAAUAUGAAGCCAAAGAAAAAGUGUCGUUUUCCUUUCCGUGGUUUGUUUUUGUGCAUUGUUGAAUUAGUUUUUCCUUACACAAGCGUUAUACUUGCAACCCUGAAAAUGCUAUCCAUUUUCAGAACAGGCCUUUGAUCAAAACAAUAGGUUCUCUCUGUGCCCCUUCAUUUGGUAUCUCGGUUCUUACAAGCUACAAGAACAAAACCUUGGCAGUUGCGCUUGCUAGCCUGUGAGAUUCUCCUCCCACCCCAGUUUUGUUUCUCCUCAUAUUUUUAAUAAAAAAUAUUCUUUUCAUUCUCUUUAUUUGAGUGACUUGGUUGUGGCAGAAGUGGAGUAAUUAAUUGCAAAUGGCAAUAAUUGGAAAUACUACUUUUUCUUGUUAUUGGUCUCAGGCUGUGAAUUAAUUCUUUUUUGGCAACUUCUCUAAUGUGUUAUAAAACCUGACUGCCCACAUUGUUAAUCCCUUUUAUUUAAAUAGUGCAGCAGGCAUAGGCUCCUGAAUUUUUCAGGGUUGGGGCCCCUGUGUGAGAUAAGACCUUUUGCCUUUGUGCAGCAGUGUACGUGGAAUUUUUGGUUAUGAAAUUCAUUUGCAAACACUUUCAUUAGGGUGACAUGCAGGGGCUGUUUUAACCUUCCCCAGAUCACACAAUUAAAUUCCAUUCCCCUCACUUCAAUAGUCUCUUAACCCUGGUUAUUGAGAGACAGCCUAAAUGAAAAGAUUUACAACUAUAUUCGCAAGAUGCUCAAACUCUGGCACAUCUCCAGUGGAGGGAAUUUUAUAGUUGUGGGCAGACACAGAGAAUCCUUCUCUGCACAUCUUUCUCACAUUGUCAUUUGGCACAGAUGGUAUCCUUGGGUUCUUGGUUGAUGCUAGACGCAUUGGGAAAUAAACAUUUUGAAGUGUGCGCGUGAGGUUUUUACCAUUUUUUGAUCUAACACUCUCCCCACCCCACCCCACAUGAAAUGAGUCCAUGCUCUAGUGCAAAUCAUGGUGUUUUGCCAAUGCGUUAUGUGCUGUGUCCCUCCCACCUGUGGUCCCAAAGGGGGAGCCCCUUGACAUCCCUAACACCCUGGGCCACUUUAUGCAUUAAACAGGCAAUUCAAGACUGGAAAUGUACUCUGUAAUUGUGCAUAUGUUAAACUAAUGAAAAGAGAUGGGUUGUUUUUUUUAAAGACCCACUGUUGCGAGAGCAUUCUAAGUUGAUUUAUUGAAGCAUGCAAAUGUCUUUUUCUUGUAUGUUUAAAAAGUGUAUUAUACAAAAUAGAUAUCUGUACAUUUAUUAGGAAUCUCUUCACUUCUGCUAUCUAAAAGCUUCCCAUUGCCCUCCUGUUGCUGAAAUCAAGAGGCUGCCCCAUUUUGGAUUUUUUUAAAGAAAGAAAGAAAUGCUUCAGCAUGUGUGCUUCAUGUAUAUGCUUAGAAACCAAAGAAAGAAUGCAAAAUUUUAUUACUUUUUAAGUAGUACUUGAGUGGUCUAAGGCCCUGGCUCACAAGUUUAUGUAAAUGUAUAGUAUUUUUAUUUACUUACGUAACAGAAUUCAUAUUCCACUUAACUGCAAAAGCCUCUAAGCAAUUUACAUAAAAUGCACAUUAGAAUUAUCAAUAAAAAGUCAGAAGUUAAGAACAAGUAGACUUAAAAAUUCAAAAUGUAAAUAAAACAAGCAGUU